AUGACCGAGGGAAAAAUUGAUAAUCUUUAUAGCCUGAAUGACGGGCAAGAACCUCCUCCAACACAAUGGAUUGGGGGCAAAGCAGCUGGGCUGAUGAAUCUUUGCACCACCGAACAACUGAAGCGACACGUACCCCGUGGUUUCGCCGUCUCUGAGGCCUUCUUUCAGACCUGGAUGAAUGAGGUCCUUGCCAGCAACGAAUACAAAGCAGCCACAGACCAAAACUCUGGAGUUCUAAGUACUAAGGCAGAGACCGGGCACUCCUCCGAGUCAGAUGCGCAGCAGCUGGCCCGGAGCGGUGGCGGCUGUGCGUUCGUUUGCACCCGAGGAGGAUGUGAUGGCGCGUCCUUUGCCGGUGUGUUCGUGACUAAGCUGGGAGUCUCAGUCGACCACGUAGAACUCGCAUUGCGCGGGUGCUUUGCCUCGGUCUUUGACCAGAAAGUCUCGCAGUAUGGUCACACAGGUUGGCAUCCCACGAACUUUUCGGCCGUUGUCAUGGAGAUGGUUGAACCGAGUAAGGCCGGGGUGGCCUUCAGUGCAAACCCGCUGAACUCGGACCUGGAUGAGAUGGUGGUUAAUAGCAGCUGGGGUCUCGGUGAGAGUGUUGUGGAUGGCAGUAUCAUGGCAGACCGUUUUAUCUGGGAUAAACUUGGUAGUGUUGUUCUGGAGACUAAGAUUGGCAACAAGGAACGGGAACGCCGUGUGUGUCCAAGCGGCGGCGGGGUUGAAGAACUGCAGGUGUCUGAACAACGCGCAGGACAGGGUGUGUAUGUGCUUGUGGGUUUGUAG